AUGGCGCCCACCCAGCAAGAGCUCGAUGAUGCGUGGCACAACUUCCUUCUGACGGCUCAGCGUACGCCAGCUUUCCUCAAGGACUUCGACAUCGACUUCCGCCGCGAGGGCGGCUUCGCCAUCUACAAAGCUGAUGAUGCAGCUUCCACCACCUUCCCGACUCGUCUUCCCGAUAACUACCACGCCUAUCGUCGCAACUUCGAGCGUUUCAGGCGUGCUAGCAGACGCAUCUGCAAACAUUGGCUUGCAGAGGGCCCGGACAUCGCAGCGGGUACGCAGGACGGCCUGUCCGACGAAGCGUUGGUCGACAUUUCACACGGCGUCACAUACCCGAAGGGGCGAUUUGCCUGCGUAUACGCCCUUCUGCACAACGAUCUCGAUCUGCUGGACGGACCGAGCGUAAGACUCAUCGGCCAGACGACCGACGCACAUGCGCAGGAGGCGGCUCAUCGCCGUACUGCCGAUAUGCAAGUGCGCCUGUACCCUCUUUACAUCCCGUUGAUCGCAGAUUCGAACGAGGAGGAGACUCGUAUCGUUGGCAAGCACUUCCUCAUCGUCAUGUGCUGCUCCACGCUACCCGAGGCGGGAGGCUGCAACUUGCAGGUCCUCGACGACCACAUGCCGCAGGGCAGCAAUCUCCCUGCACUCCGCGAGCCGGACAACAAGAGGCGCUCGGCGACGGCGUCGGCCGAAGAGCAGCGUGCCGAGAAGGCGCCGCGCUACGAGGCGUGA